UCAUAAGUACGAUCGGCAAAUACAAGCUCGACUAGGGCCUUUAGUUGAAUAUUUGAACAUUUUUGUUUGGAUAUUAUUUGAGGCAUGCGAUAAGAGAGGCGCGUUAAAGCUCUAAAACAAUGAUUAUGUCAUUUGUGAGUUCACGCGAGUUAUCGGCCAUCCUCCAACAAAGCAUCGCCGUUAUUUUAGUUCUAAUUCUCAGCAACGCCAGUAGUCAGCAACGCUAUCCACGAAUCGUUCAUCCACGCAUCAUCCCACGCACUGAAUUGUCACGCGAUCGUCGCUCGGUCCCACUCGAGAGCGGCCGGAAUCUUCAGUUCGUCGCUUUAAAUGACUGGAUACUCAAGACCGAACCGAAUCAUCAUCUCGUAUUCUCGCCGAAAUUCAGCGUCGAGUGGUUCGGCCUGUCAGCGUCGUCGGCAUUUUCCAAGUCAUUGAACCUGGUAAAGUCGUGCGAGAGUCGCGAAGGUGAGAUUCAUGGCUGGGAGGGCAACUCACACGUCCUAUUAACGCGCUGUGACAACGAGUUUUUCGGAAUGCUUAAUAUGAAAAAUAGGACGUACUUGAUAGAGCCAUUGUUGGCCCAGACGGGGGAGCAUUUGCUUUACGAAGCUGAAUUUUCACGAUCAAGGCGCGAGGUCUCGCCAUUGUCAUCGUCCUCGUUAUUGUCCUUGUCAUCGAUGAUUUACGAAACGAGCAGGCGAUUCUAUAAUCUCAGCGGCGACACCUUCGAACUCGAGAAUUAUGAUGACAAUCCCGAAUUAUUGAGCGAACGCAGCGAUCUAAGUAGAAGUAAUGAGCUAGGGAGGUCCAAAGUUGCUAUUGGGAUUGACGAUUCCGCUAAUGUGGGAUACUUCUUUGACAGAAAUUGGCAGAGAGAGAGACUACCGACAAGAAAAACAAUGAACAAAUUUUCUCCGCCGAAGUGGCUUGAGAUGACGGUCGUAGCUGAUUAUUCGGUGAUUGAUUUUCACAGAUCGCGAGUCCAACAAUACAUUUUAGCUCUUCUUAACAUUGUCAGUGCAAUUUAUAAAGAUCCAACACUUGACUCUAAUAUGCAACUUGUAGUUGUUCGUAUGAUUUUGUAUGCUGAUAAAAAGGAUGGGAUGGUACACCACGGAAAUGCGCGGCGCUCACUCGAGAAUGUAAACAAGUGGAAUCGCAAACAACUCUCGCAAUCGAAUGAGACAUACGACGUGGCCGUGUGGUUGACGAGGCUGGACAUCGGCGGUCCCUCCGGGUACGCCCCCGUCUCCGGGGCCUGCGACCCCUCAAGGUCGUGUGCUUUGAACCGCGACGAGGGUCUCACCAGUGCCUUUAUCAUUGCUCACGAAGUCGCCCACAUAUUAGGACUUUCGCAUGACGGGGACAAAAACUCUGGGAAUACCUGCGCCAGAGAGGCUGCACGAGGCAGCAUAAUGGCACCGAUGGUAGCGGCCACGUUUCAUAACUUUCAUUGGUCGACAUGUUCAAGAAAGGAAUUUCAUCGAAAAUCUAAGCAUUGGACGUGCCUUCUAAAUCGACCGAAUAAAUUUGAUUCGCCUAGUGCUCGAGAUGGUAAAAGGAGCGAGACUUUCGACAUGGAUGAGCAAUGUAGGAUGGAAUUCGGUGAAGGAUAUAGCCGAUGCAGGAAUCUGGAAUCGUCGAACCUCUGCUCGCAUCUUUGGUGUGGGUGGGCUAACAGCACGCAGGCUUGCAAAACGAAGAAGGGGCCACCGUUAGAAGGAACAUUGUGCGCCGAAAAUAAGUCAUGCGUAAAUGGCAUGUGUGCGCUAAUCGACCAAAAGCGCUUUGAUCCAUCUCCUUUGGCUGUACGUGGCACUAUUGAAAAUACUUGGAGCUCUUGGGGUCCAUGGAGUGAAUGUUCCAAAACUUGCGGCACUGCCGUCCAAUAUAGAGUGCGACAUUGCAUUGGCGUCUGCCAGGGAGAAUCAAAGGAAUUCAGAAUUUGCAAACUGCCUACUUGUAUUGAUCAUACUGAUAUUCGAGCACGACAUUGCUCGCAGUUUUUCCUGAAUCAAGCCGGUUUGAAGAACAACCCGAUCGACAGUAAUGGAACGUGGUUACCGUACGAGGCCUUUGAUGGUAAAUCGAAUUGUCAAUUAAUCUGUUACAAGAAGGAAACGGGUGAAAUAUUUCACACUGGCAUGGAUGUUGAAGAUGGGGCUUCAUGUUCUUAUGAUACCAGUGACAUCUGUGUUGACGGUGUGUGCCGCUCGAUGGGCUGCGACGACGAGUUGAACUCCAGCAGCACCCGAGACGUUUGCGGCCUCUGUAAGGGCAACAACUCCACCUGCGAGAGCGUCAGCGGCAAAUUCCAGCGGAAGCUACGCAGAGAAACUACAAGGUUAGCCGUAAUACCAAGAUCUGCUUACAAUAUUAAAGUGGUCGUUACAAUUCUACUCACGGAUUCCGUUCCUCAUGAAGGUAAUAUGAAAAUUCUUUUACGCGAUGGUCGACGAAAACGGCACGAGAUAAAUGAAUUUGACGUCGAUGGACGAGCUUUGGCUACGAUAAUUGAUGGAGUUGCCUUUAGAGCAGAAAGAUUGGAGGAAAAGUACGUGCUAUGGAGUAAAGGACCAGUCGUUUCUGAAAUUAUUAUUUCGCUGGUGACCUCGAGGGCAGUCGUACGUAGCGGUGCCUCGAUCGCCGCCUCCUCGCAAUACGCGAUAUCGCGUUCGGUGCUGCGAACGGCAAGGAACCGCUACGUCUGGCUUUUAUCCGGAUCGCCCUCCGGCCCAUGCUCGGCGACCUGCGGGGGCGGGAUCAGACGGAGGACGCUCCUGUGUCGGGACGAGGUGACGCGGGAGCUGGUCUCACGCAGGAAGUGCCUCCUUAAUGCCAAGCCCAAGCCACCUGGGCACCGGGAGUACGAGAGAUGCAACACCGCCAGCUGCGAGGUGUACACAUGGAUCCCGGGUAUGUGGGAGCGGUGCAGCGCCCCGAGCUGCUCGGCGACCGGGGGAACUCAACAGCGGAGGCUCUACUGCGUGCGGUCGAGCUUCACCGAGCGUCAGGUAACGCGUAAUAACGAGCUAAGGGUGUACCGGAACACGGUACCGCCGACCAAGUGCAGGGACCGGAAGCAGCCGGCGACGCAGCGCAGGUGCACGAGGAUCGCCGUCUGUCCGGGCCAGUGGUUCUCCACCCAUCGACCAAACCAAGCUUUGCUCUCAUCCUCUACAACUUCAACUCUUCCGAGCUCCGUACGUAGAAACCAUAAACGAAUCAGAUUGCGCAUCAGUUGUCACGGAGUUUCGUCCUCAGCCUGCAGCAAACACGUAAAGAAAACAAGUAGUACCGACGAGUGAACUAAAAGAAAGUACCACCACAGAUUCUCGUACAUCGGAUAUAACGAAUGUUGCUGUGUAAGAAACAUUCGAUUACUUUGUAAAGUAGUAUGCGCGAGGACACCUGAUGCGCAAUUUUAAUGACAAACAUGAAUUGCCAAGAGUGUCCUAUGCAUUUUGGUUAUCCAUUUUACAUUAAAUCCUUGGGCUAAUAUUGAAUUUUGCAUAUUGUACUUUCAUUGGC